CCCCGGGCAGAGCCAGAGCGGUGGGAUCCCGGGCGGGCGCACUGCCCCGGGAGCACGCGCCGUCCGGCCGGCCGCUCCCAGCUGCAGCCUCUCCAGCCCACGCCCCGGUGCACAGCUGAGAAGGGUCCGUGCUGACGGGGGCGAGGGUCCCGGGCUCCUGUCCUAUCCCAGAGCUGCCGGGCUGUCCGCUCCCCUGCGUCCAGAGUGUGUGCCAUGGACCCUGCGGAGAAGAAGAUCUCGGUGUGGAUCUGCCAGGAGGAGAAGUUGGUGUCCGGGCUCUCCCGUCGCACCACUUGCUCGGACGUGGUGCGAGUGCUGCUGGAGGACGGCUGGCGGCGGCGGCGGAAGCAGAGGCGGGGGAAGCGGCGGGGGGCGGCCAGGGACCCGCCAGGCCCCGGGGAGCAGCCGCCGGAGCCCCCGGAGGAGGAGGACGAUGAUGAGGACAUGCUGCCGCCGGGCUUGCUGUGCGGUCCCCCGCAGUGCUACUGCAUCGUGGAGAAAUGGCGCGGCUUUGAGCGCAUCCUGCCCAACAAGACGCGCAUCCUGCGCCUCUGGGCCGCCUGGGGCGACGAGCAGGAGAACGUGCGCUUCGUCCUGGUGCGCAGCGAGGCGUCGCUGCCCAACGCGGGCCCGCGCAGCGCCGAGGCGCGCGUGGUGCUCAGCCGCGAGCGGCCCUGCGCGGCCCGGGGCGCCCCGGCGGCGCGGCCCGGCCCGGCGCUGACCCAGGAGAGGCAGCGGCGAGUGGUGCGCAAGGCUUUCCGCAAGCUGGCCAAGCUCAACCGCCGCCGCCAGCAGCAGCCGCCGCCGGCGUCGCCCUGCUCGUCCACCUCCUCGUCCACCGCCUCGUCCUGCUGCUCGUCGUCGUCGUCGCCGCGGGCCGCCGACAGCGUGUCGGUGGAGCGGAUGGAGACGCUGGUGCACCUGGUGCUGUCCCAGGACCACACCAUCCGCCAGCAGGUGCAGCGGCUGCGGGAGUUGGACCGCGAGAUCGACCGCUACGAGGCCAAGGUGCACCUGGACCGAAUGCGGCGGCACGGGGUCAACUACGUGCAGGACACGUACCUGCUGGACGCGGGCAUCGAGCUCGAUGGGCCCGGCGGCCCGAGAGAGGAGGAGCCCGAGCCCGAGGCGGUGGUGGCGGCGGCGGCGCCCCCCCUGGACGGCCCGGGGCAGGCAGGGGCGCUGGAGGAGCUGGCCCAGCGCUGCGAGGACCUCUGGAAGCUGCAGGAGCAGCGGGCGCAGCAGGAGGAGUUGCUGGAGCGCAUCUCGGCAGAGAUUCAGGAGGAGCUGAACCAGAGGUGGAUGCGCCGGCGCCAGGAGGAGCUCGCGGAGCGGGGGGAGGAGUGCCCGGAGCCGCCCGAUGGCAGCAGCCCGGACAGCGAGCUGCUGCUGGAGCAGGAGCGAGUCCGGACGCAGCUCAGCACCAGCCUCUACAUCGGGCUCCGGCUCAACACGGACCUGGAGGCCCUCAAGUCGGACUUGGAUUACAGCCAGCAGCAGUGGGACAGCAAGGAGCGCGAGCUGCAGGGCCUCCUGCAGACUUUGCACACGUUGGAGCUGACGAUAGCGCCUGAUGGGACCACGGGCCCUGGCGGACCCUCGCGGGAAUCCCGGCCUCCGCCCGGCGCUGAGGUGUGGGUGGACCAGGCCCGCGGACUGGCCAAAAGCUGCCCUGGCAACGACGAGGACUCGGACACGGGGCUGAGCUCCAUGCACAGCCAGGACUCAGACUCGGUGCCUGUGUGCGAAUCCCUUGUAUAGGAAGAGCAGGGUCAGGAGGGACAUGUAUGCUUUCCCCUUUCCUGUAGCAAGCCCUGGUCUGGCCAGCCCAGGAGGUGAAACCAGGCUGGGGGUGGACCCCCGAGCUCCUGGGGGGCAGCAGGCCUCCUAUUGGGCCGGGAAGGGCUCCUGAGGCUGGGGGUGAGUGUGGAGGAGGGGGCAGGACCAGUGUCUCCAGUCCAAGCUCUUUCAGGGGAAGGAGGGAGGGAGGGAGGGAAGGAGGGAGGGAGGAGGUGAGAACCCCUCCUGCUGGAAAACACGCCAGGGAAACUGACGUGGUCCUAGCCCAUUUGCAGAAACAGAAAAAGGGGUGUUGUGGACAUUUCCCCACUCUUCUGUAUGGGAAGGACUGAUGGCAGCUAGAGUUUUAGGUUGUAGCAUAAAGUGCUUUUAAAAGAAACACUUGGAUGAAAAGGAAAUUCCUUGAAUGUUAAUUGUGACUGUGAACGUGUUAAAACUAGCCAAAGAGGACACACUGGUGUUGGUCUCAGCAACAUCUUUUAUAAAACCCAUAGGCACUAAAAUCCUGGCUGUUUACAUUUCUGCAGAUCUGGGAAUUAUCCAUCUGCUAAGCUGUUUGCCUGUUAUUUUCUUUCAAAGACUAAAUUGUACCGAUGUCUAACCCCAUAUUUCCUCCUAGCAAAUACAGUAUUUGUUAAAAUGGGAUCCCUUUUCCAAAAUAACUUUUUAUUAUUACAAAAACCAAACCUCUCUCUUCUGAGAUACAGAUUCCUGGCAGGCAUAAUUUUUGGUUAAAAUUUAAUCUGGGUCUUUGGGAUUUGAUCCUGCAAAGAUUUGUGUGUUUUCCUUUCCUUCAUAUUGCCAUUUCAUUAACUUAAUCACUGUCAUUUCAGAAAAAAAAUAAAAGGGAAGUUCCAGAAUUCAAGUUAAGGACAUAGACUAAACUUGCUGUUAAAUGAGCAUUCCCACUGAAACUAAGACUUGAAAGCAAAGCUCUUUGUCAGUGCUCAGCUUUUGAACUGAGCUCUGUGAUCAAAACUAACCUUGACCUUAAAAGAUUUCACCCAAACCCAAGUCUGACUUCAGUAUUUUUGUUAAGGGAACAGUUACUUUUCCAAACUGAUUUUGAGAUCGUGUGAAUGCCAGGAUUUACUAGAUCAGGCCUGAGAAAGAUAAAAUACAAUCAAGCUAAUAGUACAUCUUGGGUGAACACAAACGCAUAUAAAAGUAAGCUAACGACUUGAAUUACUCUUGUCUGGCUCACGCCUUUGCACGCGCCAGGAGAUGCAAGUGCAACAUCUCUCUGGCUCGCUCCCUCGCUCCAUAGCUGGAGACAGCCCUGGUGGGACCUGGUGUAACUGUUCCAGUUAUUUCAAUGAAAACUUAUCAGUGGCAGCUAGCUGCUGCCCUGUGGAAGGAGCCUGCUGGCAGUGUUCCCUCUGGGGUGCAGUGCUUCUGAGGAAUGUGGGAUCUAAUCUGUCCCGAGGAGGUGCUAACAAUGGGGUGUGUGUGGUGCCAGCCUGGUGCAGAAGCCUGGUAUCAACCUAGCCCAGGAGCGGCUGGCUCCAGUUUCAACACUACACACGAAGAUAAGUUAAGAGGUCUUGCUUUAUAGAGAAGUUUCCUCCUUGGAGAGAUUCUCUGUCUGCUUGUUGCCAAAAGGGGCCUGCUCACCUGACCUGAGGCCAUUGGGGUGUCACUUUUUGAGAGGCCGCAUCCCCCUACCUCCCAGUGCUAUGACAGCAUGCGUGGAUAUUUUCACAUUUUUAAGUAAAAGGCCGGUUUCUUAAUUGAUGUUUUCAAAAGACAUUAGCUGGCAUAAUUAUGGUUUUUUCGUUUUCUCUGAUGCAGAAGACAUCUAUGUGUUUGGCUUUGAGCAUGAUUAAAAUGAGGAAAGGGACCAAAAGAAACCCACUGUCCCUAGACAAUCAUUUGGUCCCAUAAACACAAGGCCUAAUGAUAGCUUUUCUUUGGAGGCAAAGGUAAAAUCCUCAUUCGAGUGUGACAAACGCUACUUGUCUGAAUGGUUUGUGCCUGCAAUGGGCUGACCUAGUGGUUUUAAAAUUAUUAUGCUUUUUUUCCCCCCCUCAGGGUGGUAGGGGAGUUGGACAUUUAUUAACUCAAAAGAGAGCACAGAAGUUGGCAGAACAGGACUGCCUGGCAGAAAAGGAGCUGUUUUCCUUUUCACUAUUAUUUUAAACUUUGAUGGGCUGCUGACGUCAGCAAAUAUGCCUGAAGCUUGUAAAGCAAAUAAAGCCACAUCACAGGGAGAAAGGCCUGUGGGAUUUUCUCGUGCCCUCUUUCCAGAACCUUCUGUCCUGGCCACCUGAAGAUUUUUGCCUCUCCAGUCAACUCUUCAGGCACCAAGCAGGCUUUGUUUCAUAACAAAAUGAAGCUCAGUCUGCCCUUCCAUCCCCCUCCCCCACCCCCCAUUCCAAAUCAAUUAUAUCCGCAAAAGGCACUCCUCUGAAUGGGCAGGAGAAAGGACAACAGGUGAGGGAAAAGGAAGGAAACAAUAGUUCCUUUUACCAAGAGCUUUUGCAAGCCUGAGAAAGGUGAAAUAUAGAUAGAAAAGGCAAAUCGGAGCCUCUGCCUAGAAAGUGGCUAAUGGAUGCUAAACAUUUUAAAAAGUUCAUUUUUUUUUUCCUUUAAACAAUCAUGAUGGCAUUAAGAAUGGAAUUGAAGGCUUUGAAUGCAUUGGCACCAGGAUUUCAGUGCCCCUGGUAAAAGUAACCCUUUCUGCUCUUCAAGCCUUAUAGAAGUCCUGGGGAGGAGCCUACGAAACAAGCUCCUCUCCAACCAGCCCCAUCUUUUUUUUUGUAAUUAAUACAAUUUAUCGUGUUUUUUAGUCAAUUCUUGGCCAUCUGACCAAACCAAGAAGACUCUGCUUACUUCCUUAUGAAAUGAAAUAAAGAUUAGGAGGAGGAUUUGCUAAUUAGAAAAGUUAAAUCUGUGGUCCUCAUGAUGGACCCGAGAGUAACAAGUAAAAAGAAAGGAAAAGCAUUCAGGAUCUUGCCACCAAAAGCUUAUCACUGCUGAAAUUUGAGAUACUUCCUUCCAGAUCUUUUGAAUUGUGAAUAUUUCAUAUUUUGCUUAUUUUAUAAAAGUAUUCAGUUUUAAUGAGAUUGUUUAUAUGCCUUUACGAUCAGGUUUUGACAGACUGGUAAGUGGCUCCAUCUAUCUGUUGGAUGUAUCAUGGUGCAUAUUACUGUUCCAUUAUGAGGUCAUUCCCGGUGUUUUUCAUUAUUAUAAAGACAUUAUGAUAAGCUUCUUUGUGCACAUAUCUGUUUCUCUAAUUGGACCCUCUUUCAAUGAGAUAGCUUCCCAGAAAGAGAAGUCCCAAAGAGUACAAAUAUUUAAAAACUUGUCAAAUUGGUUUUCAAAAGAUUUGUUCUAAUUACAAUCCUUUGUGCAUGGCAAUGCCUACUUCACCACUCCUUAGCUUUCAUUAGUUAUUAUAUUCUGGUAAGAAAAUAUAUUGACCAAAAUGAAUGAAUGAAUUCUUUGUGGCCCCAGGAAGCCAGGGCUGGCAACCAGAGCCUUAAAAUACCUUUACAACAGAAGGGGCAACUCAUCCUACCAGAAAUGUUAAGAUGAUAUGGUACCUUCUUUCUUUCCUGUUUCCUUGCCCUCCCUGAGCACUGCUUGGUGAUAGCAAUCCUGGCUCAUAUCAGAGCUGGCCAUCCUUCUCUUGGAGCAGGAGGGUCCAAAACACCACACCAGCAAGAUUAAGGGGAUUAACAAAUAAAAGAAUCAGAUUUAUAAAAAGAAAAUAUUCAUUAUCUUUUUGCAUCUUGAGUCUAUCAGAAAAGGUUAUGCUUAGAAGGUGAUAUCAUACAAUAUAUUUGAUUUUGUGCUUCUCCCUUCCCACCCAUAUAAAAUUGAAGCCAAAAUAAAAUCAAUACACACAAUAAAUAGCUAUGAUACUGAGCUCAUUCUUAAAUUCUUGAAAAAGGAAAAUUUGAUCAUGAUAAUUUGUGAAAUGAUAAUUUUUGUUCUGAAAAUGUUUGUGAAACGUGUCUUUGCAAACGGAAAGGAAAGAGGAUAGGGAGGAACUCUCUAUUGUUGAGUGCUUUCCAAAUGCUAAAUCCUGGUGCUUUCUCCUGUGCAUUGUCUCGCAUUCAUCUCAGGAGAUAGGACUUUUGAUCGCUAAUUUUACUGAUAAACCCAGGCCACUCCAUUGGUAAGUAGCAGAUCCAGGAUUCUGACCCAAGUCUGACUCCAAAACCUGUGCCCAUUUUGCUGUAUCACACCAAGCGCAUUAGACCCACAAAGAGUUUGUCACACUC